AUGCGAAAGUAUCACUGGGUUUCAGAGCUUCGACUGAGGGAGUGGGUGACGGACGGAGGAGCUCCGGCAGCCUCUGCUGCUUCUGUUUGGUCUUCUGUCGACGGAGACAAAGGAAGGAAGAAGUGGCACCGAGUUCAAUCAUUCAUACAAAUCCCUGAUUCUUCAAUUCGAUUUCGAACUCUACCCAAAUCAUCAUCCAGGCAAAACCCUAGCACUUCAUCCCCAGAACACCCUGUAGAAAAACCCGGAUUUAAAUCCCAAACUGAAUCAGAUGAUGAUGAUGAUGAUGAUGAUGAUGAUGAUGAUGAUGAUGAUGAUGAUGAUGAGAACUUAGAUGAAGUCGCACCUUCUUCACCUUCCGGUUCCAUUUCAUCCAAGCCAUUCGCAGAGAAGGUUAAGUUAGAUGAACUUGGAACGGAGAUCAUGUCGAUCGCAUUGCUAGCUGCAUUGGCUCUUCUUGCUGAUCCAAUUACUUCACUGGUUGAUACUGCAUUUGUUGGUCAUUUAGGCUUUGCUGAAUUGGCUGUUGUUGGCGUUUCCAUAUCAAUAUUCAAUCUGGUAGCAAAAUUGUUCAAUAUUCGUCUACUCAAUAUCACAACCUCAUUUGUUGCUAAAGAACAAGCAGUAUUAGUCAAGGAUGAUGAUGAUGAUGACUCCACUUUUCUCAGCCAUGAUAGCAUGAGUGGAAGCAAGAAGAAGUUUCUUCCAUCUGUUUCAACUUCUUUAGCCUUAGUUGCUGCUUUUGGGAUUGGGGAAACCAUAACACUUUUCUUUGGAUCUGGAUCACUAUUGAACCAUUGUUGUUGUAACAGAGCUCAAGAAGAAGGGUAG